AUGUCCAAAAUUGAUAAGCUCUCGAUCAAGGGCGUGCGGUCCUUUGACCCUCACAUCAGCCAGACUUUGCAGUUCCAUACCCCCCUCACCUUGAUCGUGGGUUACAACGGCUCGGGCAAGACAACCAUCAUCGAGUGUCUCAAAUAUGCGACCACCGGCGAGCUGCCCCCCAACAGCAAGGGCGGCGCCUUCAUUCACGAUCCAAAACUGCUUGCCCAGGCCGAUGUUCUUGCUCAAGUCAAACUGAAGUUCCUGACCCCCCCUGAUGCCACCCACGUUGUGAAUAGGAGUUUGCAACUCACACUCAAGAAGACCACCCGGAGCGUCAAGACGAUUGAGAACUCGAUGGAAACCCGACGAUUGGGCGAACGCAGCUCUAUUACUGCCAAGAACAUUGACAUCAACAGUCUGGUCCCCAAAACCCUCGGUGUAGCACCUGCCAUUCUGGAGUUUGUCAUCUUCUGCCAUCAGGACGAAUCCCUGUGGCCCAUGAGCGAGCCUGCGACGCUCAAGAAACGCUUCGACGAGAUCUUUGAAGCGCAGAAAUACACCAAGGCUAUAGAUAACCUGAAGGUGAUUCGGAAGAAGAAGGGCGAAGAGCUAAAUAGAUGGAAGACGGAAGAAGCGCACUGCAAGACAAACAAGGAAAAGGCCGAGCGCGCCCAGCGGAAAUCAGAACAGCUUGUGGUUGAGAUUGACAGGCUCCACAAGGACAUAGACGAGAAAAAACGAGAAAUUGAGCAGGUGAGCCAGGAGGCCAAGGAGAAACACGAGCAGGCAAACAGCUUCCUCGAUAUCGUCAACGACCUCAGGAAUAAGGAGUCCCAGCUUCGCACUCGUAAAGAACACAUUGAGGAGCUCCGACAGAGUAUUGAAGAACUGAAGGAGUCAGACGCUUGGCUUGAAGACACUCUUGCACAGUAUGAGGCCAAGGUCGCGAGAUACGAGCAGGAAUACAAGGAAAACCAAACGCAGUAUGGAGAGCACAGGAAAGAUCUCGAAGCCACACGCAGAAGCCUUGCUGCAAAGAUGUCGGAACAAGGCAGGCUUCAAUCUGACAAGGAACGAUAUGAACGUCAACUGGAAUCUCGCGUGGAGCUGGUUCAUGGGGCGGCACAAACCCACAGCAUUCGAGGGUUUGACGGCGAUCUUGAUGACAGACAGGUCAAGCAAUUUGUCGAACGCAUUCAGAAAAUGCUCAGUGACAAGAAGCGAGAGCUUGAACUCGUUCAAAGAGAAAAUGCAGAAGAGCAAGACAAGAAAAUCGCCAUCAUUACUGACCUCGAAGGUCAGAAGCUAUCGUGGGCACAAGAACGCCAAUCUGCCAAGAAUGGAAUUGGAGAUCUCGAAAAGAAGAGUAACAGGACCCAGACUCAACUCAGCUCUAUCGACGUCGAUGAAGGCUCCAAGGCCGUUCUGGAUGCAUCCUUUGGAGAGAUCAGCCAGAAUCUACAAAAGGCUGUCGCAGAAUUACAAACGUCUGAUAUUGAUGUAAAGAUCCAACAGGAAAACGAGAACUUGAUCAAAGCCGAAGCAGAAAACGACAGGCUCGGACGUGAACUAGUGGAGUGUACACGUCUGGCGCAAGAUCGGGCACAGUUGGAUCUACGCACGAAGGAACUCGCUGAGAAGAAGCGCAAGCUUGACACUUUGAAAAACACAUGGAGUGAGAAAAUUUCAAGCAUUCUCGGUGCUACAUGGAACUCGGAUACGAUCGAUAAAGACUUUCAGCAAAUUCUGCAAAACAAGGCAAAGAUUCUUCAGGACGCGACUCGUGUGCGCGAUGACGCAAUACAAAAUCACAAGCAGGUUCAAUACGCUCUGUCUGGAGCCAAGGACAAGACCAAGAAGAGGGAGGCAGAGUUGGAAAACUCCAAGAAGGCCGUUCAGGAUGCACUGCGAGAUGUUUUCCCCGAUGAGGCGGCUCUAAUCGAGGAUCUGCCGGAGAAAAUAGAGCAGUUGGAGGAAACGAUUCUCGACCUCGAGAAAGAGGUAUCUCUAUUUGACGAGAUGAAGUCAUUCUAUGGCAAGUGCCAGAAAACCAUGACCAAAAACAACAAAUGUCUGUUGUGUGAUCGCGUUUUCAGUGCUGUCUCUGAGAAGUCGAAAUUAGCCCAGAGGAUUGCAGACGCUCUCGAUGACAGUCACAAAGUCAAUGCGCAACGGGACCUCGCUGAACACGAGGAGGAACUUGGAAAACUUCGUCUCGUUCGGCCACAAUUCGAGAACUACAUCAAACUAUGUGCUGAGAAGCCCGCACUCGACAAGGAACUGCAAGACCUUAAAGGGCAAGAAGAGAAACUUGUGGCCAUAUUGGAGGAGAAGGACCACGUCGUCCGUGCAAAAUCUGAAGAGCGACAGGACGUAGAGUCCAUGAGCAAGACUGUUUCAGAAAUCUCGCACACUCACCGUGAUAUUGUGGAAGCCGAGGCUCAAGUAGAAAGAAUCGUCUCUCAGCAGCAGUCUGGAGGCGCUAUACGAAGCCCAGACGAAAUACGCGAGCUACAGGAUGCUUGCAACGAACAGAUGAGGGCGUCCAAGAAUAAAGUCAACAAAUAUCAGGGCGAUAAGCAGCGUAUGCGGGAUACGGUCAACCGGUUCGAGUUGGAAAAGGCACAGCUUCAGAACAAGGUCAACAGCGCGACCCAGCAGCUGGAACGCAAAAAGGAUUUCCAGAAUCAGUUGCAGUCUAUUCGCGACGACAUCUCCAAUCAGAGGGCCACCAUUCAAAAGGCUGAUGAAGAACUGGCGGCUAUCGAGCCACAGAUUUCCAAGGCUCGUGCGAUCCGUGACGACGUCAUUCACAGAGGCCGAGACAAGGAGAUGAAGAAAGCCAACGAACGGGAUGAGCUGGCUGGUUCUGUCAGCGAACUAAAGAUGGUUGAAGGUGAUAUUCGCGACUACCUUGACCGCGGCGGCCCCGCAAACAUCGCCACGAAUGAGCGAGCUAUCCAGGGUCUUAAUCAAACGGUUCAGCGCAUCGAAGGAGACAUGGCUGACCUGACUGAGCGAACCAACAAACUGAAGGCGGAAAUCAGCGACAGCGGCCGCAGGAAGAAGAACAUUAGCGACAAUCUGAAUUAUCGCAAGAACCUUCGCUUGAUUGAGACCUUGAAGGAGGAAAUCCGUGGCCUGCGAUCGCGCAACGCAUCAGAAGACUACGACCGGCUCAUGGACGAGUCCAGACUACUCGAUAACUUGAGCAACAGGUACAAUUCUGAAUGCGGAAGCCUCAUCGGCAUGGCGAAAUCGAAGGACUUGGAACUGGCUGGACUCAUGGCCGAUUUCGAGACAGAGUAUAAGGAUGCAAACGAUCAAUAUCGCAAAGCUCAUAUCAUGGUUGAGACUACCAAGGCGGCCAUGGAAGAUCUGCACAAUUACAACACAGCACUCGACCAUGCCAUCAUGCAGUACCACACACUCAAGAUGGACGAAGUGAACACGAUAGCGCAGGAACUGUGGCGCGAGGUCUACCAGGGCACCGAUAUUGACACGAUCAUGAUUCGCUCCGAGAGCGAAAGCUCUUCCACCAGUCGCCGUGCUUACAACUAUCGUGUUGCCAUGAUCAAGAAUGGGACAGAGAUGGACAUGCGUGGUCGUUGCUCUGCUGGCCAAAAGGUUCUCGCAUGUAUUAUCAUCCGUCUGGCUCUUGCAGAAUCGUUUGGCACCAACUGCGGACUAAUUGCUCUCGAUGAGCCGACGACCAACCUGGACUCGGACAACAUUGAAGCACUGGCGCGCUCUCUGCACGAUCUUAUCGACAAACGCAAAGGCCAGAGCAAUUUUCAGCUCAUCAUCAUUACGCACGACGAAAACUUUCUCCGGCAUAUGAGGUGUUCAGACUUUACUGACACCUUCUACCGGGUGAAGCGUGACGUAAAUCAGAAGAGUACCAUCAGCAACGAGAGCAUCUUGCGUAUCGAUGAAUAA